GACGUGUGAAUUGGGGGUGUGGCCGCCGUAUAAUCACGGAAAUCGAUCCUUGUCUGCAACUUUCUGUCCGAAAGGUUGUCUUUUUAGCUCCAACGAGGGAGGUGGGAAGUCGGUUCAGAGACAAGGCUCGUGGAAGAAGGCGCCGGGAAAGACUACCGAGCAAUGGACGGCGAUAUCGGAGACUCGUCCGCCGAUGAAACCAACAAUCUAGUCCUGAGCGAGAGCCAUCCGUCGGCCCCGCGAAAGAAAUACGUCGUGUCGUCGGCGGGUCGGCCACGGAGGACGUGUUUCUCGCGGGGCGAGUGGAUAUGUGUCGUGGUGGGGGUAGUGGUGGUGGUGGUGUUGCUGAUUGUGGUGUUGGGA